AUGCGUCCCAACCUCCCCUCGCUAGCCGCGCUAGCAUUCCUCUCCGCCAUAACCCCAACCAUGGCCCGAACCACCAGCCAAUUCGGCGAGUUCUUCCCCGCCUGGAACGGCUACCUGCUCAACAUCAUCCGCCAACCCAACGAAGCCGGCUGCCAAAACGAGGCCGCCGCCUACCACGACCCGUCCAACCCCGACCGAUGGCUAGCCUACGAGCUCUCCAACUGCGUGCUGGACAAGAUGGACGAGUUCCGCAAGACCGAGAUGGGCAUCACGGCCGUCGUGCUCGGCCUGCUGCCCACCAUCCUCCAGCAGGUCGGGCCCUCGGUCGCCGAGGUCGCCAUCCUCGCUACGCGCCGCCCCCUGCUCGCCGUCCUGCUGGGCGUCGCCAUGCCCUCGGUGCGCACCGGCGGUCCCUUGUCCGAGCCGCUCGAGCGCGCCGUUGAUGUGUCGGUCCGUUGCGGCAUUUUGGCGAGCGCUACCUGGCCGUGGUUGGUCAUCUCGGCCGUGGAGUAUCUGCUGGCCGUCACGUCACAAGCCAAUGUGUUUUAUCAGCUGUAUCAGCUCGCGUACUGGUCGGUCUCGGUCUCGGCGAUUGCGGUCGACACGGGUGGGUUGUCGCAGACGUAUUCGCCGUUUCUUUGGGUCAUGCUUUUGGUUCCUGCCUAUCUCCUUGGCUUCUGGAGCUUGAGGCUGGGGUACCGGGCAUCCAGGCAUGCCAAAGGCUCGGAGGAGUUUGCGGGGCGGACGUCGUGGGUUGACGCUAUCAAAGGCGAGUUUGUGCCCUGCGCGGCGGGGGAUCCGUUGUUCUUGACGGAAGUUGAAAAAAAGGGUUUAUUGUAUAUUGUGGUCCAGUACUUUACCGAGAUGGCUUCGGUCGUCGUUUUUGUUUUCGGUACGGUGGCCUUGUCGAGCCAGAUCUUUGAUAGCUUGGGUGAUGUGAUUCCGGUUAUCGUUAGGUUUCUCUGUGGGACGGUGGUCUGUAGGCUCAUCUUGUUGUUCGAGCUGCACGGGCUCAGAGAGGUGUCGAAGCACUCGACGAGGAAAAACGAGGUGCUGCUGGACGGUGGCUAUAACUCGGUAUCUAGCCAGGAUGCGAAAGGUCCGGCCAUCUCGGAGGGGCGGGUGAUGGCAUGA